AAAAGAGAAACGGAGGGAAGGUGAUUUGGUAUAUUGAGAAGGCGGGAACCCUUGACAAUGGAGUCUUCCCCUGCACGCAUCGUAUCAAGUGGAAGCCGAUAACCCCAACCCAAAUCAAUGGAGCCGACACCCAGACACUCAUGCCUGAAGCUUCAAAUUCCUAACCAAUCGGAACCCAUCUUCAUCAAGGCCACCUGGUUUCCUUCCCAUUUCCACCUCUCUAUCACCGACGGCCUCCACGCCUGGCUCUGUAACGCAUCGGAAGACGAGGUCCGAGAGCGAGCCGCCCAGUGGGAUCAACCCGUUUCUGAUUACAUCGCCUUGGCAGAGCGGUUCCUAGGGUUUCAGCAGCCCGGUUCGGUUUACGGGUUCUCCGACGCCGGUGACGGCCACAGAAGAUUGUCAUGGACAUUUGAGAAGGAAGGGACUAAGCUAGAAUGGCGGUGGAAAUGUGGACUCUCACCUGACUCUAGGAGCACUACCGCCGGAGUCCUGGAUUUUCUUAUGGAUGCUAACAUUCGACUAAGUGAGGAAGUUGUUAUUAAGACCCAAUCAUUUGAGAGGCUGAAAGUGGAAGCUGAAAAAUGUUUAGCACAAAGUGAGAAAUUCAACAAUGAGAAGGCGGAAUUUGAGUCUGUGAUCUAUGCAAAGUUUCUCGGGGUCUUAAAUUCAAAGAAAGCCAAACUCAGAGAGCUUCGAGACCAGAUAUCAAAAGAAGAAACCACUGGAAAAUUGCUGCAAGAAGAGGAUGAGUCCACUGACAAAACUUUGAGUUUUGACGAUGAAAGUGAUGAUGAAGCAAUCGAGGAAGAAUCCUCAAAGAAUCUUACAGGCACUUCAAAGCAUGUUUCUACAAGUAGGCCUCGCAGUCAAAAGAGAGCUGCGCCCAGGAACUGACCCAACCCCCUUUUGGAGAGCAUUUGGAAGUGACACAAGGGCUGCAUGCCAUUGUGGAUCAAAUGAAGCAAGGCAUAGUAACAUUGAAGUGACUGCUUCAUCAGGUGAGAAGUUUCUGUUCCGCAUCUCCUCAAGAAGCUGAAUUGCUUCAUGGAUCUCAUUUUCUUUAAGAAGAUUUUGAAUAAUGACAUUGAACGUAAUGGAGUCUGGUAAACAUCCCUUCUCUUCCAUUUUCCAAAGCAAUUUAACAGCCUCUGAUAACAUUCCUUUGUUGCAGAGGCCGUUGAUCAAUAUAUUAUAUGCUAUAGUAUCAGGCUCCAAACCAUUCUUUGAGAUUUCAUCAAAUUGUUUCCAUGCUUCCUCCAAUUUACCAGCUCUGCACAUCCCAUCAAGAAGUAUGCUGAAAACUUCAAUAUUUGGUUUAUGUUCAGUUUUCUUAAUAGACUGAAAUAGAUCCAUUGCCUCCUCAAGGUGUCCAUUCUUACAGAGCCCAUCCAACAAAACACAAUAUGUAGAUAGUUUCAGAAAUUGGCCACAAGUUUGCAUCUCUACAAAUAGUUUUUGGGCAGUUCUGACUCUCCCUGACUGGCAUAGAGCUCCAAUCAGUGUGUUGUAAGUAACGGUGCUGGGCUUCAGUCCCUUGGGACACAUUUCUUCAAAAAAGCGAAAUGCUUCAUCUAUCUUCUGGUCCUUACAGUACCCAUUAAUCAGUAUAUUAUAGCUGAAUACAUUGAGCUUAA